AUGGAGGGACUAAUGGCCACUACAGCAGCAAACAUGGUGGCAGCGGCAGCAGCGUCAGCUCAAAUAUAUCAAGAACAAACUCAAGAGCAACAAACACAAAUCCAUAUUCAAGGGGAGACACAUAAUGGGCAACUAUAUCAGGAGGAGGAGAGACUAUAUGUGCCUAAACGAGGACGACCACCACUCGUUAGGAAAACCGUGGGAAAGAGCCCGAUGAGAUUGACGGGAACGAGCUUAGUGUCAAGGAAAAUGAACUUGGUACAGAAAUCACCGAGGCGACUGAAGGCACAAGCAUUACAAACUGCUAACACAUGA